AUGGAACUAUAAGAGUUAUAUACAUCAUUCUUACCUAAAAAAGCUAAGAAUGAUAAUAGAUAGGUUCCAGCACCUUCUCAAAUGUACCUUUCUUCUAAUAUGCAAAAAUUAAAACUUUUAAAAAUGGAAAAAGAUAGAAAGAAAUCGUAUAAUAGCCAUUUACAAAAUAAUUCAAAAGAUAUUGAGGAAAGUUAUAAUGUUUCUCUAAACUAAUUUUAAAAAAAGAAAGAUGAUAUUAAAAGAUCGAAGAGCUUCAAUUAAAGUCCAAUAAAAUAGGAUGAUAAUAAUGAAAGAUAAACAUAAACUAAGAAUAGUCAAAAUAUACCCUUCGAACAAUACAUGAAUAUGAAAAUGCUUUUUUAAAAAAAUCAAUAAAAUGAAAAGAAUCCUUAGUAAAAUAUAUUUCAAAAUAGUUUUCUUUAAAAAAUAAAUACCAAAGAGGACGAUAAUAAAAUUCCCUCACAUCAUGAAUAAUCCAUUCAAAAAGAUAAGAUAUAUUCCCAUAAAUAAUCAAAUUUAAGCUCUAGAAAUAUGUAUCAGUAGUCUAUAGUUGUUUUAGAUUAUGCAAAGCAGAAUGAAGAAUAAAAUUAAUGCUAAUAAAAUUCUUAAAAUUUUUCUUAAAUAGUUAAAAUUCAAGAAAUUGAAAACUAAAAAAGUAAAUAGUUAGACCAAGAACAUAACAGUUAUAACAGUAUGGGGAGAUAAUCCCUAGAUUAUUCUUAGUAUCAAAAAGAAAUAGAAUAAUACAAAUAGCUAGAGAGGAAAUGUUUAAAUUAAAGAGAAAAUAGUCCUAUGAAUAUAUACUUUUAAUAAUAUAGCAAAAGUUAGUAAAGUCAUUAUGAUAAAUAUUUUCCUCACUAUCAAAUAAAGAUUAAAAUUCCUAGUGAAAAUAGUCCAGAAUAAAAACUAGGUGAGGUAAUGGGAGGUAAAAUGAGAAGCUAUGUUCCUUCAGAAUUAAAAGGCUUAGAUGCUGACUCCCGCUUACAAAUCUCUAGUAGAGAAAAAAAAGAUCCAUUAGUAGCUUAAAAAUUUAUAGUUAAUAGUAAAAUUAUACAAAACACCAAUUUGAUAAAUCAAAAUAAUUUUUAAGAGUGUUAUGAAAACCCAAGUUCAUAUUAAAUUUAAAAUAACCAAAAUAUUUAUCAAACAAGUGAGUUGCUUUAAUAUUAAAAAAGAGGAAAGAGUUCGAUAUGUUAAAGAGCAAAUAAAAUUAUAAAUGUCUAACAACCAAUAAGCUCCAAAGUAAUAAAACCUCCUCUUUCUGUGUAAGCUCACUUAAAUAAAGAUAAUGUUGUGUUUUAAAACCUCUAAGAAACUACUGUUAAUGGCGAAAAAUAAACAUAUAUAAUUCCUCUUCAACAAAAUUACAGUGUUUGUUUAAACGAAAUAGAUAGGAUAAAAGCAAGAAGGAAAUUACUAUUUUCUAAAAGAGGAGUAUCUUCAAAUGGUGAUUUAUAGCCUUUUAGUAAGGAAGAGUCAAAAAUUUAGUUCAUAAACAAAAUUGAAUAAUAAAGAUUAACACCUAAAAAUUAGAUUGAUAAUUUUUUCAGCAAUGCUAACCAAAUAAGGUAUAUAGAUAAUUAGAAUAGAAAUAAAUAUUCAGAAAUACAAAAUACAAUUUAAAAUAAUAACAACAGUUUUGGCUAAACUUUAAUUCAAAAAAAUUUUUAAAACACAUCUUAUUUUGAGAAUAAUGAUAAUUAAAAUUUACAAUAAUUGAAUACAAAGAAAAGAAAACAUAUAAAAUCAUAAGUAUGA